CCCACCCAGAUACCUCAGUCAGGGGAUGGGAAUAUUUUUAAAAAAAAGUUUGCACACUUAAUACAUCUUCGUGUUCUUGGUAUGCAAACCAUUCACCAUUCAACCCGUCUCAUUUCUGCUGCACCGUGCAUAAUCAAACUGGAUGAACAAGUGAUAUCAGCUAUCUUCUAGCCAAUGAUGACAGACAGCUGACCAUGGCCACAACCACCGCAAUCACUCUUUUCUUUGGAAAUGAGAAUCAAUCUACACAAGGUGUACCAAGCUCUAUUAUAACAUCUUCCAGUGAAACCUACAUUUACUAUGACUACCCUGAGGACUUUGGGAGGUGUGUGUAUGAGCAUCACGGGGCCAAUUUUCUUCCAGCCCUCUACACCAUUUUCUUCCUCCUGGGCCUCCUUGGUAACUCUCUGGUCAUCUGGGUCAUUGUCUGUGGGGUGAGACUCCGCAGCAUGACCGACGUGUGCCUUCUAAACUUGGCAAUUUCUGACCUUCUCUUGGUGUGUUCCCUUCCCUUUCUAGCCCACCAAGCCCGGGACCAGUGGGUGUUCGGAGAUAUUAUGUGCAAGGUGGUCCUGGGCAUUUAUCAUAUUGUUUUUUACUCUGGGAUCUUUUUCAUUACUCUAAUGAGCAUUGACCGGUACUUGGCUAUAGUUCACGCUGUUUACGUUAUGAGAGCACGGACACGGACCUUUGGAUUGAUUGCAGCUGCAGUUACAUGGGUGACUGGAUUUUUGACUUCUUUCCCUGACCUAAUCUUUCUUAAACAGCAGUCUAGUGAUGAUAUGUCUCACUUCUGCUUCCCUGUAUAUCCCACAGCUGCUUCAAAUAAUAACAGUUCUUUCAACUCCCACUUCUGGAGGGUCUUGAGCCUUUUUAAAAUGAACAUUUUGGGUCUAUUUAUCCCAGCUGUUAUCAUGGGUUUCUGCUACUCACAGAUUGUCUGGAGGCUGCUGUACAGCCAGUCAUCCAAGAAACAGGCCAUUCGUACAGUUUUCAUAGUGGUAGCUGUUUUCUUCUGCUGCUGGGUCCCCUACAAUGUUGCAUCGUUCUUCAAAGCACUGGAGCUACUGCAUAUCUAUACAAACUGCGAAAGCAGCAAAGCCAUCAAAUUUACUUUACAAGUGACUGAGGCCAUUGCCUACUCUCACAGCUGCGUCAACCCCAUCCUGUAUGGGUUUACUGGGGAGAGAUUCAGGAGACACCUACUGAGGUUGAUAAACAGGGUUCCCUGCAGACAGUGUCAGUGGAUCAAGGUCUACAUACCUCAGGACAGAAUAGCUGGGUCAGUCUACUCACAAACAGCCAACCUGGAUGAGGGGAGCACUGCUGUGUGAAGUUGUGAUUUGCAGGGUGUGGUAUUUGUUUUCUUGUUUUCCUUCUAUUGCAUCAUCUCCACAAUGAGGACAUUUCUUGUGAAGGCAAAACAAAGUUAUUCAGACUAAUUCUCACUUUUUAUAGGCUAUUAUAGGUUAAGUUCAAUUUAAUUCACAUUUAGUUUUAGGUUAACAAUAGGAAAACAUCUGAAUUUUGAGAAAUUAGGUUAGAGAAAUGGGAAAUAAGUUAGUCAGUGGUGUAUCUUUAAGAAUAUCGGAAAGUACAUAUGACUAUGCGUCAGUUUGAGGGAUACAUGUCUGACUCUAUGGUCUUGUGAUGUUGUAGACACAAUGUCACUUGUGAUUUUGUACUAUACAUUUACAUAUUCCUAUACAUUUAUAAGUUCUAUAGACUUCAUAAGAAUGUAUAAUGGAACUGCACUGUAAAAAAUGGUUUAGCAUACUUGUUGAAUUGAGAAGGAAAGAUUGUAUCUGCACCUGCAAGUUUAAGUCAUACAUUGUUUUGAAUAUAAUUUUGUUUUCCCUUUUAAUUACAUAAUAGUGGCUGAAACUGAGUGAGAAGCUGUAUCAUGUACAACACUUGUCAACAGUGACAACAUUAGCAGCUUCAGCAAACUCAUUUAAUCAUCUGCUGCCUGAAAAAACACAACGGUGAAAAGUGAAACAAAUAUUAACUUUUAGUUGCACACAAAAAAAUCACUCUCAUAAAUGCAUCAGUGUUGUGUAUCAAACUGGCUCAGAGCAAAAGGUCCCUGAAGCUUCUGGCAAUGUUAGUAAUGCUACUUUCAUAGUAUCUGUAGCAGCAGGUUUGCACAUAACCCCAACCUGGAAAAAACCACAACCUUAAAGCGGAAAUAUGUCAUCAAGUCAGUUUAACCUUUGCAGUCUCUGUGCACAUCUAAGCAUUGUGCUGUUAAAUUUUGAAGAAAUAUUUUUACAAUAUUUUCUCUGAUAUUUUCUCCUUUACACAAAAACAGGUAACUUUUUAAAACUUACAAGUUUUGAAGGAGUAUGAUGAAGAGAUAAAUUAAUUACUAUCAUUUAUAUAAGAAAUCCCAAUAUUAUUGCACUGUAUAUUUUGUCAUGCAGACUGACUAACAACUCAAUCUAAUUAACUCAAAGUUAAAGUUAUUUAUUAGACCCUUUCCCCAGGGCAGGCCUUUUGAAUUUAUAUCACUGAAAGGAUUGAAUACUCAAUAGGCCAGCAGAAAAAGGCAAAAUGUCAACAAAAUAUUAUUUAAAGAACCUUAAGAGACACUCUGCAACGUCUUUGACACACUGAGGAGUACUGGCCUUGUAAACCGACCAUGUAAAAUCAGUGGAGUCCCCUUUUAACAGCAUGUGUUCAAAGUGGCCCCUAAUAGCAAGGGCAACGGCAGUAAAGCAACUCAUGUUUUCCCGGUUGAGGUAGUUUCAAUAUACAGUGCUCGUUGGAAUUAUUGGCACCCCUGAAUUUUAAGUACAGAAUUUAGAAUAUCUUCAGAAAUAAAU